UUGAAAGGAAGAAGGAAAAUUUGCUCUGAUCACGCCAUUGCUAUCCGCUGAGGAGCAGAAAACUUUCCAAAACUUUUAACCUUCCAGCAGUCCUGGAUUUAUCCGUGUAUCGGACAGAGUCUAUCCUGAAACCUUGGAUAUGGCAGUUUCACGCUGACUGUGUCUGUCAACCAUCUCAAUCUCUUUGAGGAUUUUAUGAACUAACGUUAUAUCCCUGGACUUAUUUUAGCGUGCUUCUUUGCCAGCGCCAACAAGUAGACGAACUUUGGUAGAUACACAUUUGAAAACUUUUACAAGAGAACAGAAAUAAUGCUGGGCUCUGUGGGGGUGUAUGCUGCAAAGAAGCGGAAGAAGCCAGUCCAGAAAAUCCCAAAGCCCCCACCUCCCGAUGGAGCCAAGUCAAACCCCUCCAAGCGCCACCGGGAUCGGCUGAAUGGCGAACUGGACAAACUGACCAGCCUGCUACCCUUCUCGGAAGAUGUGCGGGCGCGGCUGGACAAGCUGUCGGUUCUCCGGCUCAGCGUCGGCUACCUGAAGGUCAAGAGUUUCUUCGGCGCCACCAUGCAGAAGGGCGGUACUGGCUGGCAGGGGGAGCGAGGCAUGGUCUUUGGAGUGAACGGGCACACUGUGACUUCAAUCGAUGGUGUCACUUUUACGGAAGGAGACCUCCUGCUUCAUGCGCUGAACGGCUUCGUCCUGGUGAUCACAGCAGAGGGAUACGUCUUCUACUCCUCUCCCACCAUCCAGGACUACCUGGGCUUCCACCAGUCUGAUGUUGUCCACCAGAGUGUAUUUGAGCUGAUCCACACUGAUGACCGUGCUACCUUCCGUCGCCAGCUCCACUUUGCCCUCAACCCCAACCAAUCCAACUCGGACCAAGGAGAGGACAAUUGCUUGACAAACAUCCAAAGCAGCAGUGACAUCACCACCAACACUGUGACUUAUGACCCCCAACACAUCCCCCCAGAGAACUCCUCCUUCCUGGAGAGGAGCUUUGUGUGUCGGUUCCGCUGUCUCCUUGACAACUCCUCUGGCUUCCUGGCCCUGAACUUCCAGGGGCGGUUGAAGUACCUCCACGGUCAGAAUAAGUUGUCCGAGGAUGGGACCAUGGGGCACCCCCAGCUGGCCCUAUUCGCCAUUGCCACACCUGUCCAGCCCCCCUCCAUUAUGGAGAUCAGGACCAAGACGCUCAUCUUCCAGACAAAACACAAGCUGGACUUCACACCUAUGGGCAUUGAUACCAGAGGGAUGGUGGUUUUGGGAUACACCGAAAUUGAGCUGUGCAUAAGAGGCUCUGGAUACCAGUUCAUUCACGCUGCAGAUAUGAUGUACUGUGCAGACAACCAUGUCAGAAUGAUAAAGACGGGCGAGAGUGGCUUCACGGUCUUCAGGCUGCUGACCAAGGGGGGGACGUGGGUCUGGGUCCAGGCCAAUGCCAGGCUGGUCUACAAAGGAGGAAGGCCCGAUUUCAUUAUCGCUCGCCAAAGACCUCUAACAAACGAGGAGGGUGAAGAACACCGGCGGCAAAGGAGGAUGCAUCUCCCAUUCAACCUUGCCACUGGAGAGGGGGUCCUGUAUGAAACCGGCCCCACCCUGGACCUUUCCGCAAUACCAGGGAACAGCAAAGCUGCUAAAAUCAGGAAGAUGCCGGACCAGGAACCCCUGGACCCCGAUUCGCUCCUAGGCUCCAUGCUGAAGCAGGACCAAUCAAUCUACAUCCAGCCCCCUGAUGCAGACCCUCAGUUCUCCCUGGAAAAAGCUUUCAUGGACAGUCAUCCCUUGUUCAACGUUCCCAGCGACAGCUGGAAGCAGGGGAUGGUGAAACCCAAUGGCACGGUUAAGGAGGAGUCCCCAAUGCAAUCGAUGAUGGACACGCUGGAGCAAAUCAUAGGCAAUCGUCAGUUCUGUGCUUCUCUGGAAGAGCUGGAACCAGCGGAGCUACAGGAGUGGGAGAACGCCCUGCUUAACAUGAACGUCACCACCAACGACAUGUCGGCGGGGUUCGACGACAUCCUCACUAAUGACAUCUUCUCCUACGUGGAGGAGGCCCUCUUCAAGGAGAACGGCGUGACUACAAGCGCAUGCAGGCCCGAGGACCUCGCCACCAUGGCAACUGCUCCUGCACGAGACUUCCCUGCCAAUCCGCUCGCCGAACCAGGCAAUCGAGUGGGAGUGCCAAACACCCUGUCAGAGGUGAAGUUACCGACAUCCACACUGCCUGGAAACCAAGGCUUUAACCAGCAACACUUGAUCCUUGGUGACCAGGUAGUGGGGGAUCCCCAGACCAAUUUCCUCGGAGUCGGGGGUCAGGGUCUGCUGGGCACAGGAAGUGAUGUCAGAGGCAUGCAGAAGCUCACACACAUAGGCCCUCCGAUUCAAGCGCCGAUGCAACCCAUUCUGCAGCAGACACAAACCAGUGAAAUGUUCCCACAGCCUCUGAUGCUCCCAGAGCUCUGCGCUCAAAAUGGCCUUCUGAACUUUGACCCUACCUCCACUGGGUCCUGUGCUCAGGCCUCCAGCCAGUCCGUACAAGGCCUUCCUGUCUCACAGACCACGCACAACCCCGGCAAAGUCAACGGUCUGGGACUGUGUCCCAAGAAAGUACUGUCUCCUCUUAACACCACUAGGCAGGUCCAUCCCAACCCAAUGACUGUUCCCCUCCAGAACCAAAUGCACUUGGGAAUGUCAGUCCAGCCUGUGGUGUGCCAACAGACAAAUUCCAUUGGCCAAUCAAACCAGGUGGCCACAAGCCAGGAGAGCCAAUGGGCCCCCUCCAUCCCCAGCGUUGACUUUGCCGACAACCUGCUGGAGGCCUGUGCCCCGAAUGUUGAGGCAGACCUCCUUAAUCCAUCGCUGUCCACCUGCCUUCAAGGACAGUUUUCCCUGCAGACCCAGAACAGUCAGAGGGUGCCAUUGUGGCAACAGCCGCAGCACCCACCUCUACCUUCAGAAACACCAAACGGACACCAGCACCUCCCCGACUGUUUGAGCCAGUCCCAGGGAUUUCAGGGGCCUACAAGCUUCCUGCAUCAGAACCCUCAGAACUACAGGGUGGGCUACACACCCCAAAAGAUGCCCAACAACGUGCUACACCCUGCCCCAGUUCCACCCCAGACAGCGAUCAGCAGCUGCAUGUUCGAGAGUGGCAACCCCCCUGCCAAUGGGAUGCGCUACGGGGACUUGGGGGCACUGGUGGGCUCCUCCUGCCCAUCCCAGAUCCAGCCCUACAACCAGAGCCCCCCACAGGCAUCCUGCUACUUCCAGAGGAACGCCAGCGAGCCCAUCGUUGGCACGUCGGUCAUCCCGCAGGGUGACACUAGCGUCAGUCCGCAGACCUGCCAGAUCCCACACAGCUUCGCUCCAGACAGCCUGCUGGCCCAGACAAAGUAUCUCAGCUGCAGCGAGCAGACGCAGAUCCCAGGCCAGCCGCCAGAGGAAAAUGGACAUUUCUCCUUCCCUCCUCUCAACAAUGGAACCAAAUAUUUUUCUGAGAACAAUCAGACCAACUGUUGUGACUUCUAGAGGGCUGGGAGGGGGGGGGCAAAAGGCAGAGACACUGACAAUCGGCACUCCUCCGCAAAUGUGGAAAAAACUUUCCACGUCCGUGUCUGUGUCCCUGGAAUUUCUCCCUUUCCAGAUUUUGGCCAUGAUCUCAGUGUCUUCUCAUCUGUAACCCCCAGAGAAGUGGACAUGGGUCAGCUCUGGCCCACCAGCCAGUGGUUUUAGCAAGAGUAACACUGCAAAAGACACUGGCUGGAGCUCAAACUAGUGUGACAUGCCUCAUGCGAUUUGCCUCCCCUUUUCAUUUUGUUUGGAGCAACACAGCAAGUCACAAUGGAAUAUAUUUAUUGUUUCUUUUUGUUGUUUUUUCUUCUUCUUUUUUUUUGCUGUUUUUGCUGUUCCAUGUUAUUUGUGUCAGUUUUUUCCACAGAAACAUUUGAACAGAGUUGCGUAAACCAAUCGCGGUCAAUGUGGUAGCAGUCGAAUUUAUCAGCUUAUGUGCAACACAAACAUUUCACAGAUUUCCUGAUAUCUGUGGUUUGUGAACUGGCUGGUUUUGUGAACACCCCGAUGUGUGAAGAUUAGGGAAUCUUUGCCGAACGGGUACAGCAUUACAUCCUCGGAAAUGAAUGACCAGGAUAAUGAAGUCAGGAAGAAGGGUCAGAGUGCGGGAUUCCUGGGAAUUCAAGAGGUGGAAACAGGUUUCCACUUGCACGUUAGAGUUCCCUCCAGACAGUAGACCUCCAGACAGUAAUGAUAUUAGCAAUUAGGAUGCGAUCAGGCCGCAUUAAUUCCCUGUAAAUAUAAUCUAUGUGCAUUUACGACUGGGAAAGUGAAAGACCACUCCUAGAAAGGCUGUUCUAGAACAUGCAGACAUGUUCUGGGACUUUGGGAAUCCACAUAUACAAAACUGAAUGUUGUUUGCGCACUUACAGUUUUGUGUACAUAUUGCACACACAAGCACAUAUACACAGAACCAAGGAGUUGAGGUAAUUCCCAGGAAUCCUGUAGGAUUUUUAAUGUUCACAUUGGUUCCACAGUGAUUAGAUGCAGUAACGCUAAGGGGGACGAUUUUUUGCGUGACCCUCAUAGGAGUGGGGUCUCUGCCACGUGCUUCUCGGGUGAUCCCGACUCAUGACCGCGUUCCUAUCCCAAAAUCCAUUUCUUUUUUACUUCUCAAAUACAAUAUUAUAACAGCCUAUAUUAAUCAAAUUAAUAUGAUAAAGGAUAUCAUGUAUUCAUCAAGCCUUGUCUUGUUUUUAAAAAACAUGUAUUUUAUAUUUUUAUAAGCAUUUAAUUGAAAUUAUUAACAUGUCGUUGAGCCAUUCUUUGUUUUUUGUCGUAUUUUCCUUCCUGCUUGUCAGUCUUAGAUGUUAUUGUCCUCUCGCCUUACUUUUUGCACCUUUAGAUAACUAACACCCUUUAAAGAAGUUUCUUCUUCCUUUUAAAAAUGCUGUCCCUCUUAUAUUCCGACUUGCACCCUGAGAAUCGUGUUGCAUUGUGGGACAUGCAAGUUAAGUGUACAGAUGCCUCAGUCUCUCUGUGAACUUAUUGGAGCUCAAUGCGUUGGGCUGCAUAGAAGCGGGCGGCCCUUCCACAGCAGACUGGAUUCUCGCCGAACCUUCAUUGCGGCAUUGUUCAAAAUGGCCGACAGAGGUUCUCUCAAAUGCUACAACGACAGAGGAGAUGCAGCAGCAAUCCCCUUCAGUUUUUUACGGUUUGUUUCGUAUUCUGUGUUAGAAAUAUACGUGUUUGUUUUUUUUGCCUCCCACCAGUUUUGCAUGACCAGUUGUGCCUCUCGUGUUACUGCUGUCGCACUCUCACUUGCACUGUCCACAAGAAGCACAAUCGCCUCCCCUCCGCACCCGCCCGUUACUCCCCGCGGGUCGGACGGUGUGACGUAGACUACACACGCACUCACGAAUACACACGCAUGCGUACGUCACACACGUACGCGCACGCACGCACAUACAUUUGAGUCCCACCUCAGCUGACUGUGGGAUAUAAUGGCGGGCCGUAAAUGGCGGGAAUGUAAUGGGCUUCAUGCAUGUGAAGUGCUGUAACCAGCUGUAGAAUAGGUACAGCACAUCUAUGUGACCGCGGGAUUUUCAUGGUUAUGUGUCCGGUUUCCAUAAAAGCUGGAUGGCAAUAUAUGGCAAAUAUUUAAAUAGGUGUUGUGCUAUCUGCUGGAUAGUGCAUCAGAAGAUAUUCCCCCGAUAUAUAGUAAAUGAACCUAAUUUUAAGAUAUAAUUUACUACAACAGUGACCUAUGACUGACUGCAUUCUAAUGGGAAAAUGAAUCCAAACAGACAUCACUACUGUCUUUAAUCAGUACAUAAAGCGGCCUUGCUCAAUGUGAGGCCCCAUGUUGCUUUCCUCUAAGGUAUGCACGCUGGAUUGGGGCGGGGGCUGUCUUUGCUCCCAGCAACCAAGACAGACUUAUUUGACUCUUUUUUUUUUCCUUUUACAUAUUCUUCGUAAUCAUUGAUAAUCAUUGUUUUUUUGGCUACUGCAAAGGGACAUCCAUUGUGCUCUACAAUGAAGAUUCAAUGACCGUAACAUGGCAGCUAUGCUUUAAGCCCUGCGUAAUGAAAGAGAAGAUUAUUGUGAUUAAUUAUUGUAUACACCCAGUGAGCAAUUUAUUAGGUUGAUACACCAACUUGUUAAUGCAAAUAUUUAAUCAGCCAAUCAUCUGGCAGCAACUAACUGGAUAAAAGCACGCCGACGUGGUCAAGAGGUUCAGAUGUUCAAAUUUCAGAAUGGGAAAGAAAUGUGAACUAUGUGACUUCAACUGUGGAAUGAUUGUUGGUGCCAGCAGGGUGGUUUGAGUAUCUCAGAAACUUCUGAUCUCCUGUGAUUUUCCUGCACAACAGCCCCUAUAGUUUGCAGAGAAUGGUGCGAAAAACAAAACACAUCCAUUGAGCAUCAGUGGGCAAAAACACGUUGUUUAUGAGAGAAAGAGGAGAAAGGCCAGACAGGUUGAAGGUGACAGUAACGCAAAUAGGCACGCAUUACAACAGUGGUAUGCAGAAGAGCAUCACUGAACACACAACAUGUCAAACCUCUUAAAUGGAUGGGCUACAGCAGCAGAAGACCAAUUAUUCAAAAUAUUAAGUUUCCUAAAUACUUAAUAAAGUGCUCACUGAGUGUAUAUAUAUAUAUAUAUAUAUAUAUAUAUAUAUAUAUAUUAAUACAUUACACGCACUACAUGCCUUAGUUUCCAACUGGCGAACGAUGAGAGAUGAGAAAUGGCUAUUUGCAUGUCCGAAAGUAUAAGUGAGAGUUUCAGAUUCAUGAGAUACAAAACCUCACUUUGUAGGUUUCACUGGAACUCUGUGGUAUGGUGUGAGUUUGUGUAAUAUGAUAAAAUAUAACCGUUUUACAAACAGUUAUCACUCUUAAGAUAAACAUCCUAGCAACCUACAUGUGGCCUUUUUUCAACUGUUACUUGCAUGCCAAGAGAUUUUUACAUUCUUUGGGGAUAUUUUCUGGAUCUUCUAAUAGUCUAACUAGUUUGUUCUAGUAGUCAAACUAGUGCGGAGUGUUGUUUUGGUUUAGAGUCUGGUAUAAAUGAUGGCAAAUGAUGGCAUGUGAAUAUUUUGAAAGUUGAAGGUCUUGUUUUUUGAUAAAACCUAACAAAUCGGUUUGCUGAAAUGAUGAUUGAAUGUGAAGAAAGGAGACAGAGGACACUUUAAGAAUUUGCACACCUUCCUUGAAAGUAUAAGUACUGUUAAGUACUGUUACUAUUCCCUGUACUGUUAGCUACUUCCUGUAUUGUUACUGCUUUCUACAUAGUUCUGUGCUACUUCCUUUACUGUUCAUUACUUCCUGUACUAUUACCUACUUCCUGUACUGUUACCCCUUCCUGCUUUUCUCCCAAGAACCCCCAAGCUGUCAAGGACUGACAAGUGACUUUUGAAACAAGUGCCCUUGUAUGAAUGUUGUGGCCUCAAACAACCCAAUAUAUUUAGUUUUUUGUUUUUUAUCUAUUGGGCAUGUAGAGAUCUAUUCUGCCAGCUCUCUAAUUGAGGGAAUUUUCAGCUCGCUUUUUUAUUAAUGGAAGCAGCAGCAGCGGCAACCAAUAUUAUUUCCUGUAUUUGUCAUGGUUUCAGUGUGAAGCCGAGUCUACUCUUCUGAAAAUGCAGUAUCCGUGUAUUAUGUACAGUUUUUGUAUUUUAUUGUUGUGUUUUAGUGCUUUUAAUGUAUCGCCUGGCCUUUAAAAGGCCCUCACAAACCGUAUACUAUUUCAUACAUUUUCAUCCAUCAUUCAUUUAUCUGCUUUUUAUUGCCAUGUUUUUUAAUACAGUAUAUAUCUUGUAGCUUUCAUGUUCUCCUACUUCUGCAUUGUUAUGUUUGCACCAUUAAAGAGGUUUUUAAUGA